AAUAACAAAAGAGAUAUCCCCAUAUAUUGAAGAAAUUUUCCAUGGCAAAAGCAGCUAAACAUCUCACAGAUAAGAGAUAAACUGGAAUAAACAGCUGUCACUGUUAAAUAAAUAUCCUGGAUAAUGUGCAGAACAGAAAUAACUAGAGCAUUGUCAAACUCUCUUCUUCACUUUAUUUAGCUGUUCUUGCAUGUAACUCCCAAUUUUUUGCGCUACUUCUGUUAGUGGAGCAUUUAUUUUUGUAUCAGCUGCAUUUGUUAAGACUGUAACAACGAAAGGCAUUUCCUGAGAAGCUGCAAGGAUGAGCAGCAAGAAAGAACAACAGCUAAGGAAAUACGGGACCCUGGUAGUGCUUUUUAUCUUCCAGGUUCAGAUUUUUGGUUUUGAUGUUGACAAUCGACCUACCACAGAUGUCUGCUCGACACACACAAUUUUACCUGGACCAAAAGGGGAUGAAGGUGAAAAAGGAGAUAGAGGAGAAGUGGGAAGACAAGGAAAAGUUGGACCAAAAGGACCAAAAGGAAACAAAGGAACUGUGGGGGAUAUUGGUGAUCAGGGAAUGAUUGGGAAAAUUGGCCCAAUUGGUGGAAAGGGUGACAAAGGAGCCAAGGGCUUCUCAGGGGUGCCUGGAAAAAAGGGAAAAGCAGGCACAGUCUGUGACUGUGGAAGAUACCGCAGAGUCGUUGGACAACUGAACGUCAAUGUUGCUCGACUUAACACAUCCAUUAAGUUUGUAAAGAAUGUUAUAGCAGGCAUCAGAGAGACAGAUGAGAAAUUCUAUUACAUUGUCAAAGAAGAGAAGAACUACAGAGAAGCCCUGAUGCACUGCAGGGAUAGAGGAGGAACACUAGCAAUGCCUAAAGAUGAAGCAACUAAUGACCUGAUUGCUGACUACGUCUCCAAGAGCGGCCUCUUCCGAGCAUUCAUUGGGAUGAAUGACAUAGAAAAAGAAGGACAGUUUGUGUACGCAGACAACACCUCACUGCAGAACUACAGUAAUUGGAAGGAAGGGGAGCCAAACGACCCAGCUGGGCGUGAGGAUUGCGUGGAAAUGCUCAGUACAGGAGAGUGGAAUGAUUCAGAGUGCCAAGUUACCAUCUACUUUGUCUGUGAAUUCCUCAAGAGGAGGAAAUAAAAGUGCCACAGAAUGUGCCUGGCACUUUCUGUACAUACAAUGACCCCGCAUGAGUCACCCUUUGCAGGAAAAGCAGACUAAAAGGAAUAGGCUCAGUCCAGCUUGCACUUCACUGGGUUAAGGAAGAGUAAUUACUGCUGAGCUAGCUGACAGUGACCCGAAAGUCAGUUCAGGCCUGCAGGUGGCAUCCAGAUAAUAGUGAAUUUAUAUUUCAUUUUUAUGUGUAAUUUAGGAUAGUUGGGCAAAUUUAGAGUAUGCGGAGGUGAACAUGACUUCACUAAUGUCAGAAACAGUAAACUCAUUAGUAGAUUAAUUACUGAUGUGCUUCACAAAGUCCAUAGUUGGAAAGUGUUAUUUUUACUUAUCUUUGACCUGCACAGGAAGUCCCGGUACUUCCCCUGGUGACUUCAGACCUGUAGGGACACAUUUCCAGUUUCUCUUGAAAAAAAUGGUUCCUUGUUAGAAUCAUAGAAUGAUUUGGGUCAGAAGGGAUCUCUGGAGGUCAUCUGAUCCCAUCUUCCGUGCAAAGCAGGGCCAAUUUCAAAGUCAGAUGAAAAGUUAUUCCCUUCCUUGCUUCUGACUGUGCAAUUAUAUUGCCUGAUAUGCAGAGGGGGACUCAGUUAUCUCUAUUUCCCGCUCCAUCAACCCAUCAGGCUGGUCUAAUGUGUGAGGAAUUAACUUAGCAUUGAUGUUCCUCUGCAGGCAGGUCUGAGCAGCUUUCAUGCAACCUGAGAGUAAAUGGAGCACUUCUAGCUUCUGAUGUCCCCCAAAAGCUGCUAAAUAGCACAAAGGGAACUGUAUAAAUGAAUCAUCAUUGCUGUAGGCUGUAAACAAGCAUAUACAGAUUCAUUUAUACCAGUGUGCAUUGCUGGUUUAACAAGGGAUUCUAGGAACAUGUAAACUCCCUAACUCAGUAGCCAGUCAUGUUUGAUGUCUAAUGCUAAAAUCAUCUACGCCUUUGUGACAUAAUAAGCAGCUUAACACCAACAGCUGUAGAACAUGCUCUACCCUCCAAGAGCCCAGAACUGCAUGUGGUUGAACAGCUUAAUCACAUACCUCAGUGGGACUCUUCACAAAUGAUCAGCAGUAAGAGGCUUUGCUGUCAGGGCCUGGCCACUCAGUUUUCCAUGGCAGUAUGCCCAUAAUGGAUCAGAUUUUGAUAUAUUUUAAAUACUGAAGGAGCACUUUCCUUCAUGUGGUGCAAGAGCCCACACUCACAUGGCAUCUUCUACAACACUUCCAAGACCGUUCUGAAGUCCAGGGUGCUCCUGAGAUACAACAACCAUUUUGACUUCAAAACUAGCCUUCUCUUAGACUUACUUCAGGCUGCUUUAAAAUUUUGCCUUUCCUCACAGCAGAUGAUGUUAGGAGAGACUCCAGGACCUCUGCAAGAGGCCUCCAUAUUUUCUUUCCUACUUGACACAGAAGAGGAAAGAGAGAUCUGGAGGCUGAGGAGAAUGUGAAGCACUAGUCACAUGCAGUAAACGUACCCUGCAGAUCACUCUAAACACCGGUUGCACAUAGUGUUUCUCUGGGAAUAUAAGGAGGGUCACUUCAGAGCUGAACAUGCAGGUAGUUCUGUCAGCUAGGGAUGCAAAAGAUCAGCUCCGGAUUUCCCUUCUACUGCUCUAUACAGCAGUGCAAAAGCAACCAGACAACAGCCACGCUUACUCAACCUGGCCCUCAACAGGAAAAUCCUCCAAACCAUUUAGCUAGUUGGUAGUUUGAUUCCAAACUCAUCUCUGAGCAAUGACCAACCCAGAAGCAUCCCACGAGACUCUGUGACUCAGAAACACUCUUCUAAGCCAGUUUUUCUGCUACUUGUUUAUGUGGAAAACAGUUCGCUGCUACAGGCAUUAAAUUUCCCUUGUUGCUACACACCAUCCAGGGGACUUUUCAGACCUAUGAGUGCAGGGGUGGGACCACAUUUCUUUUCAUGUUUUCCCUCCUAUGCUAUGAGACUGUUUGGGCAAACAAGUUCACUUAGCACAAGGUACCUCAUCCUCUGCUAUUGCCUUCCUGGGAAGCUGACAUUCCCCAACAUUAAGCAGAAUCCCACUUUUUAGGAUCUAUUGUAAUAAACUCUAUAAGCUAAACUCAUUCAGUUUUAGAAUCAUUAAUGGAUAAUGAUAAAGAAUUAAUGAUUCAUUCAAGGCUAAGUUUCUUGAGGAGAGGUAAUACCUUUCUAAGGUCAAGCUCAGGGCUGCCAGUCUCUCCACAGAGAUACUAGGCAGAGUAAGUUGCCAAAAUACGCUUGCCUUUCUGGAACUGUUUGGCCCUCCUGGGACCACUGGCUGAGAGAAGCCAAAAGCGCCCCUUAUGCUGACAGUCAUUAACAGGCCAUUCUCCUGUUCUUUAGGAGGAAGCUUACAGCUGGGAGGAGGUGAAAGAGAAGAAAUGCUCUGCUGCAGGAUCAAGCCCUGCCUGGGAUUUGACCAGGCACUUUCCUUCACACACAAAAUCAGGCAACACAUGUCUAAAUUGAAACUGGUCACAACAUUGAGGAAAGGUGAACUCCAUCUGCUCUUUUUGCAGACCGUGAGUUAACGUCACCCAGGAGCAAGCUCUGUGUAUGGGAAGGAUUCACUGUUUCAGCCUUUGGCUGCACAGCUGAGGGGAGUGAGUAACUUGUGCUGGGUUUCCAUGAUAGAGAGGUUCGAACUGUCCGCUUCUUCUAUCCUUCUCCUCUCCUAAGACCACCACUAAGAUACCAGCUUAUUCCUUAAUUAGAAAAAUUUAGGAAAAGCAACCCUUUCACUCACUGUGCAUUCAUGUAACAUUCAUAAGGCUAUAUCAGUUAGAACAAGGAGACCUGAGGUGGCUGUUCCUGUGCUAACUACAGAACAGGGACAGCAUAUGAAAGCAGCACAGAUAUUCAAGCUAGCAAGGCAUAAAUGACAUCAGGUGCUCAUGAAACCCCAGUCCUGCAGCCCUGACUCCCACUUAACAAAUUCUGCCAAUAGGCCUAGCCCAUACACCGAGCCAAAUAAAAGAGGCCGUACUGCACAGGAAGCCUGGCAGGUAAGUUCAUACAACUCUGUACCUUGCCAUGCAGACACAAGCUUGGGUCAGCACUUACUCAAAGAUUCUAGCUGUGUUUUGCAGAAGAAAUAUGCUUAUUAUGAUUAAAAAUUUGGGAUACAACACAGGUUUCACUGCUAGCCAAUGGAAAUUCACUAUGAUGAGUAAAGUAUCUUAGUUUUCUACAUAAAUUGGAUGGAGCCAGGACCACAGAAAACAGUGUCUGACUAUUCAGGA